CGUGUUUCGAAAGUGCUAGAUUCGUUUUAGAAAACAGUAACGACAGGAGAAAAUAAAUAAAGUUCAGUACAUUGAUAUUAUUAUUCAGUUGCUAAGGUUGUAUUUGUUUGUUUUUUUUUGUUGUUUUUUUGUGUGGGUAAUUAUAAAAUGAUGAGGUAUAAACAAUUUAAAACUUAUCAAAUACAAUCUAUUGACUGCACAAGUGGAACAAUGUAGAUAUCUAUGAUUCGGGUCUUUUACCCCCAUUUUAAUAGAGACGAAACUCCUUAAGCUAAAUUGGUUGUUUCAACUGCACAUUCAGAGAAAUGUUGUUUUAAUCAAAGGGAGUAAUAUCUUGACUUUACAAUCAGAGGACAUCACCUGAAUGAUAAAUAUUAUAAAAUGUUAGAAAUUUAAUACGUAAUUAAAUUUAAUCCAGUAAGAUAUAUAAUAAGUUUCUUAUUAUAUUUUUUAAAGCCGAAAUGUACUGACAUCGAUGUGAUUGUGUGUUGUUAACAAUCAUGUUUUUUUACCCUUUUGUGUUAUAUAUAGUUAAACAUAUACAAAAAUCAUAGUUUAUGUAUGCAUAUUACUCUUAAAGUUAUCACGACAGGGAAUUCAAGAGGUGAUCAAGAUGGGAUCUUAUUUACUGUGUGCGGUGGUCCUUCUGGUUGUGAUGCAUGUGACGAUAGCCGUCUCACCUCCUACCCGUGACGGGUUCUCAAUGCAGUACUACAUCGGAUCGAUUGGCCCCUACGACAUUAGGAUCGACGAUGCAGAUCUGAUGGUGUAAGAUUCAUACACUAACAUUGGUCAUUUAUCAUGUUUCAUUUGUUAAAAGAUUCACGCAAUCAUUUUAUAUUAGGGACUGGUAUAUAUUAACUGAAGGGAUUACAGUUAAAGAGAAAAAAAAUAUAUAUAUAGAUACAUAUAGAUAUAUAGAUAUGUCUAUAAUAUAUCAAAGAGAGAAUAUAUUUGUAUUACAUUUACGUAUUGCUUUCUUAUAAAAACUGUCUUUUAAUGUUUUUUUUGAAAAUGCCGAGCUGCUCAAAUUUGAACAACUCUUUCAUUAAUUCAAAAUUCACUUUACCGAAUUUAUUUAAGUUCAUUUGCGUUAUUUUCAUGACAUCGCUCAUUAAUUUACGGUUAAUUGUAUUUAUUGUUUAAUAUUUUUAUUUUAAUCGUAAUAAGUAAUAAAUUUUAAUCAAAAUUAUUAAUCAAGCAGUGAAUCAGUGAGUGUGGUAUUACUUGUCGUUGUGCUUAGAUUAUUAGAAUUACACAAGCACACAUUAAAAUUGAAAACAAUGUUCAAGUUCAACGUUAUGUCAUGUACUCUUUUGUCUUUACACCAAUGACAGGGCCUUUGAGGACAUGUGUGACGCGAGGACAUUGGUCCACAACAGGACAUUCCACCACGUAACAGGAACAGUCCUCUCUUUUAAAACUAAAAGAAUCAUUGAGGAUCCGACCGUUUAUUACAAUAUCUUCUCCUGCCAGAUCAAGGAGACCUACACGCUGUCCUGCAGGCGAAUGAACCAGACCAGAUGCUACCCUGCACAGCAGUAUUUUGAGUUCCGCUCGAUUCAUCGGACGCCAGCCGACUGCCAGUGCGUGGGGAUUUGCUUCAACGCGAACCUCGUCAACUUGCCCGAGAACGACUACUUCAUUAAAGCAGACCUGAACACCUCCCAGUGUGAGGUUAGACUCCCCCCAGUGACGACGGCGCCUCCGAGAGAUGUUGACUUCGACGCGUUUCCCAAUCGUGAUGACUUUGGCCGUGAUGAUCACAGAGUAGACACCCGAAUGGUCAUAGUAAUCGGUGCGGUGUUGGGGGCCGGGGUCUUGUGUUUGCUGGUGGUCGUCACCGUGCUCAUCGUGGCGCUGAGACGUGUGGUGCAUAGGCAAGACGGCAAGACGCUGGAGGUGCCUUACGCGAUGUUCCCUGAGAUGGAGAAGAAACCCAUCUCAAACACGGAGUACCCACCGCGGUACACCACUUUGGUCGAGACGUCUCCAACCCUGAACGUUGAGGAGGCCAAGACCGAUAUGGGACAGUCAGCUCCUCCAACAUACAUAUAAUGGAUCUGACGUUAAGAAGAACUAUCUCUUUACACUUUUUAAUGUUGUAGCUGUGUUAAAGUUUUUUCUUAAUUUAGAAAGUAACCAAUUUUUAAAACAAAACCUAUAAAGAAAUUAGAGUACUUAAAAGAAAACUAACACACCAACCUAAAUAGACGGCGGCUGUCUUUUAUAAAUUCUUAUUUUCCAGUAUGCCAAAAUAUUAUCUUAAACAUCAAUGAUAGUAAAUCUCUUUCAAAGUCUAAUGUUAAGUAUCACACCAACAACUAACAAAUUCUUUCCAAAUUCAAAUUAAAUGUUCCACACACGUUCAAAUUUUGAACACAAAAUGUGAUAAAGUUCAACCAUAUAAUUUUUAUUGCAAGUUAUACAUGUAUAUGCAGUAAAAUGUAUUUAAUUAUAGCAUUAUCAUUUGAAUAAUUUUUUUUUCAUUGUACACCAGUAAUUUUUAUACUUUAAUUUUUGUAAUGCUUUUAACAACAUAAAUAUAUUGAGCCUACUACAAACUAAAGACAUUUUACACGUCUCUAACCAAGAUCAUUUUUUAUACUAUACAACAUUUUUUAUACAAUUAUUAUUGUUCUGAAUGUAUUUUUAAUAAAAUUCAUAUUUUGAAAUUACUAUUACCUUUGCGAGUUUUUCUUCUCAUUGAUAGCGCUAACUAAUUGAGUGGGCUGAAAUAAUUUGUGAAAAAAAUAUGCCUUUUAUAGGUUCAAAAUAAAAAUGAAGAUAUCUGUGACUUACAAUUUACUAUUGUUCAUAAAUCUUGAUUACUAAAAGCAAAGCGUUUCUGACUGUCUUAUAAAUAAACGAUUUUUAUGCUUGAGAAUAUGGUUCUAACAAUAAUAUUUAAAAUGUAAACGAAACGAUUUUGCUAUUCUACAUGGG